GUGUUUACGAAAGUAGAAAGAGACAUUUUUGGCUGCUGUUAUUUUGAGAUUCACAACAUGAUGCAAAAUUAUAUGAGUUUGGAAAGCAAGCAGUAGCAUGCUCAAAGGCUCGUCUACGUUUUCCAUUUUUAGCCGUGAGCCAUGGACUCCGCUUUUGAGAGGCACUGCUCGGAGCUGGUGGCCCGGGAGAGGAGCGGACACACGGCUGUGGUGGAGGACAACCUGCUGUACGUGUGGGGAGGUUACAUGUCAGUUGGUGAUGAUGAAGUUUUUCUCCCCAAUGAUGAAAUCUGGGUGUACGAUCUAGAACAAGGCUCUUGGAGAGUGUUUCACAUGCCAGGGGAAGUCCCUCCUCCGAUGUCUGGGGCCUGUGGCUGCUCCCUGAAUGGUCACAUGUACAUAUUUGGAGGCUGUGAUGACUAUGGACAGACCAAUCAGAUCUACUGUGUGAACCUGACAGACAGCAAAUACACGUGGAGGAAGAUCAUACAUGAGAUUGGCUCGGCUCCCUCCCCUCGAGACAAACUGUCCUACUGGGUUUACAAAGGACAGAUCAUCUACUUUGGAGGAUACGGUCACAAACUGCUGACAGAUGUGGACAGCAGGAACAGGAGCUUCAUUGUGGAUGAAGCCUCAUCGGUAGAAGAUGUUUUCUGGGGAUGGAACAACGAGGUUCAUAUAUUUGACCCUACACAGUCCAGCUGGAGUCAGCCACAGACCCACGGCCGUGCUCCUGCUCCGAGAGCUGCUCACGCUAGUGCAACAUUUGGACACAGAGGGUACAUUUGUGGCGGCAGAGUCAUGGAAACCAGGACAAAUGACAUUCACUGCCUUGACCUUGAAUCAUGGACAUGGUCACAAAUAGUCCCAGUGUCAAGCACCCCGGUUGGCAGGUCUUGGCACACGCUCACAGCUGUAACAGACAGUAGCUUGUUCCUGUUUGGAGGCCUCAGCGUAGACUGUAAACCAAUGAGCGACGGCUGGUUGUUUGACGUUGAAACAAAGACGUGGAGAGAAGUCGAGCAUCCGUUUAAGACAAAGCCAAGGUUGUGGCACACAGCAUGUCCAGGCAAAGACUCUGAUGUCAUUGUGUUUGGUGGAAGUUGUGACUACAUCCUCCUUGUUGACACGGGUCAUUGCAAUGACGCACUUGUUUUCCAGACGCAGCCACAUCCUCUAUUCAGGAUUUGUGUGGAUUACAUUGCGAAGAAUGUGAGGAACUCGGAUGUGCUCAGAAAUCAGCUGCCUUUUCUGCCGCCCAAACUCCUGAAAGCCGUACAGAAGAGGAUGUGUUUCUACAGACCUUCGAAGAAGCAGAAAUAUUAGAGAAAAUGUUACUUUAAGUGCCAAAAACAAACAACUAUUUCACAUGUUUUAUCCAAGUACUGUACUCCCUUAAGUGUGAACAUCUCAGCUGUACUGUAGAGCUGCUUUUAUUUUUUUUUUUAAUAUAUUUGCAAAAUAUUUUAUGAUGUUUUGUUUUACAGAGUUUUAUUUGUAAAGGUUGCCUGCUGAAAUACAUUCAUUUGAUGGUUGUGUGGAUUAAACGGCACAUGGAA